GGGCAGCAAAGCAUAUUGCAUUCACUGAGUGUACAUUACUACAUAGUUAGUUCGGGGAUAUAAAGCCUGAGUUGGAUAGGCUACUGAGAAAGAAGAAUUUGACCCAGCCAGAACUUGAAAUAAAGAGGGACAGAAAUGUAUAAAUGAUUGCCUUGAUUUCUGAUGCACAACAGCAAUGGCCCCUGAAAGCAAGCAGUGCAAUGACCUUUGACAUUCCGAGAUUUAAUAGAGCGUGAAAGUACAUGUAACACUUUAUGCAUGAUCUAUUUUUCUGAAUAUGAUUAACUCAAAUCUAUUUUUCCAACUCAUUAAAAACAGCUACAGACUAUAUUUCAAAAGAGAAAAUAUGAAUGUUGUGUGAAAUGAACAAGAUUUAAUAAAAGUCUUGUUACAUGUACAUACUGUUUUUUGUGUGUGAUUGUUACAAUAUCAUAUAAAGGAACCCGUAUUUCUAUGUCUAGCACCCCUCAACCUUCAAUUUUUGAGAAUUUGUCUAUAAGACAUGAAUUAGUGCCUUUCAGAUUAAAACUAAAUUAUUGGAUGAAAAGAGAUCUUGUUUUAAAUUGGAAAAAGAGGAAAAAUCAGAAAGGAACCAAAAGAGAUGGCUUAAUGAAUGUUUAUUGAAGGUCAUUGCUGCAACUGUUAUUAGGGUGGAGAACAAUGGCCUUGCCAGAAGGGGGUGUUCUUCUGACACCCUUCAUUCAUCAGGUCGGAGGUCACAGGGGAAUCCUGCUGUAUGAUUCACGCUCGAUCUGUAAGCCAAUGUUUGAGAGAGAGAUUCAGAACUAUCGCUACUUGGCUCCGAUCAUGGGACACUUCAUACCAAAGUUCAAAGGCAUUGUUGAAGUUGUGAUCGAGAAGGACAAGGAUGGCAAAGUUGAGUACCGUGCAGUGACAGCACCCUCCUUUGACCUGAAAUGCAAGAGAUCAACGAACAUUCAGUUGUCCUCUGUGAAUUCAACAUGCAAUGUGACUGAUGCCAGGAACAGAGGGAAUGAUGUUAAUAAUCUUAAAAGAAAUGUAGCUCAGAGGUACAAUGGCCAUUGUCUUCAAAAUAACAACAAGAACUCAUCUUGUGAAAGAAUAUCUUCGAACCAUCAGUGCCUUGAUGACAGUAAUGAAGCAACCAAAGGGAAGGUGUUUGAAGAUGUUACGGAGUACUCCUACCAAACAAGGGGUAACGGUCUCAACCCAUGGAGUCUAUGGGUCCAUCAGUUAGACCUGCAGAAACUAAAUAUGGGAGAAAACAGACCCUUCAAUACACGUCAAGACUACAUGCUCCUGGAGAAUGUGACAGUAGACUACCAAUGCCCAUCCAUCAUUGACCUGAAGAUAGGUACCCGUUGCUAUGGUGAUGACCUUUCAGAGGAGAAGAAACAAUUGAACAUUGCAAGAGCCCUCGACAGCACCACCAACAAACUAGGAGUACGAUUUGGAGGCAUGCAGAUUUACCAAGCCGACAAAGGCACGUACGUCUGCUGCAACAAGAAAUACGGGAACAAGCUGACGGAAGAAGACCUUCGAUACGAGGUAGGUAGGUUCGUUUAUGACAAGCACCGACACAGUAAGAAGAUACGAGCUUGGAUCAUCCAGCGCAUUACACAACUCAAGGAUCUCAUCUCAAGCUUGAAUCAGUACCGGUUCUUUGGCUGCUCGGUGCUUAUCAUAUAUGAGGGUAUGCAGAAGGUGAGGAAGGGUGGUUCCAGGACAGUGGAAAAUGAUCGACAAGAUCCAGGAAAGGUGGAAGUCUUGAAGGAGAUGGAAGGCUCGGGGGAUGUGGAAUGGACACCGAGGGAAGGAGAUGGAAAGGAUCGGGGCAUCAGAGUGGUGAAUGACCAUAGCGGUGAUGACAACACUGGAAAAGCCACAAAGGAAGCGGAAGGCUCAGGGAAUGUCGACAGCUCAAGAGACAUACAGGGCUCAGGAGAUGUAGUGUUCUCGAGGGAAGGAGAUGGAAAGGAUCGGGGCAUCAGACUGGAGAAUGACCAUGGCAGUGAUGGCAUCAAUGUAAAAGACGCAAGGGAGGUCAAAGGCUCAGGGAAUGUCAACAGCUACAGCUCAAGAGACGUACAAGGCUCAGGGGAUAUAGAAGGCACGGAGGAGGUGGACGGAUCAAGGAAUGGAGAUGGUAAGCUCAGGUUGGUGGAGAAUGAUAGCGACGAUGAUGAUGACUACGAUGAGGGGAAUGUGUUGGUUAAGAUCAUUGACUUUGCCCACUCGUCAUCGGUUGAAGUGGCAGGAAUGGACGGGAUACACUAUGAAGGUGUCGAUAGAGGUUUUCUCUACGGUCUUGAAACCCUUGUUGAACUGAUACGCAAAGUUCCCCUUAAAACAUAGGCCAACUACACAACCUCUCUCUUUCCUGUACUAUUUGAAGGUACACACUUUUUGAUAUGUUUGAUAUACUAAGGAACAGAUGAAAAAAAAUGAAAACUAAUAUAUUGAUAGAAAAUCAUAUAAUGACUUGUUUAGUAGAUGCUUAAGAAGUAGAUGACUAUUUAAAUGCAUGUUAUUCAAUUUAGCUUUUGAUUAUAGAUUACAGGUGUAUUUUAUACUAUGAUGUUGUAUUCAAAUGCAUUCCAUUCAAAGUUGAUGACUGAUCAAAUGAUAGGUGCCAGUCUUAUUUAAUAUUUAAAAUAUGGGAGAAUUUUUUUUCCUACUCAACAAAAUAUUAAAUAGUUUAUUUGACAAAUUUAUAAACAGUUCAAUGAAUUACCUAACUUGAUCAUGAUCUGUAAUUAAUAAUUGAAAAUGCUAUUAACAUUCUCACUUGAAUUCAAGGUCAAUUUAAAAAAAUCAAAAUAUAUAUAUUUUUUUUAAAUCAAAGUGAUUGGCUUUCAAAGAUGAUGAAUUGUCUUUUAUUGAGCUCCAUCAAUUUCUCCUUCCUAGAUUAUUAUUAAAUUCAAUGAUGAUUCGGUGCAGGUAUAGGUUGAAAACAAAUUAUUAUGAUUCAACAACUCGACUAACUUUAGCUUAGGAUUUAGCCGCACUCGUUUGCUCAUAUAACUCAUAACCGAGCUGAGUGUGCAGAGGCGUUGUGGUUUAGUAGUUCAGUCACUGGACUGUUAUUGAUAUAAAGUUUAUGGCCAUGCAUCUUACUCACAUCAGUACUAUCUUUUCUUCCUUUUUUUUUUACAACUGGCUUUGUAUUGUGUAUUACCUCCCCCCCCCCCCCCCUCUUCCCCCUCAUCAAUUGCUACAAGCAUUUAUACAUAUAGGUCCAUACUAUAAUAUGUAAAUGAAUGCAGGCUCGUAGCAGGAUGAUUAGUAAGAGAUAUUCAAGUAUGAUUAAUGGAUUUUGUAUCAAAUGCUGUCAGAUUAGUACAGGCUGCUGUUAACAUGAAACAAGAGGCUUGGAAUAUCAUGGAUAUAUGCAAAGAUGGGGCUGAUACUACCUUGCGCCGUGUUAACAAGUACUUGUAUAUUUUGGGUACAUGCAAUGGAUAAUCAUAAUUACAAUUCAAAACACAUACAUGUAUUAUCAUCAAAAUGAAUGUUUUUGAUAAUGUUGGUUCGUUUUCAUUUUAAUCCCUGCUACUGGGCACUAUAUUGGACAGGGUGUGCAAAGAAUGAAAGCACAACUUUCACCCUGUUCAACUUGGAGCCAUGCAGACCUAACUCAGGCAGUUCUAAUAACCAGAGGGAUAAAAACAGAACAGAGGAGGCUCAUAACAUUUUUAAGCCAUUCAUGAUUAUUUACUAUUUAAAAAAAAAAAAAAAAAAUUUGCCAUGGACAUACUGCACAGUACACAUUCAGAUUAUAGUUAUAUUUGUAAUGCUUACGUAGUUGAAUGUGUAACUUUACAUCUUGAGCGAAAAGAUUUGGAGGUUAAUGGAUUAUGAUUUGAAUAUUAAUUCAGGGAGAUGCUGCCUUUUUUUAUUUCACAUUCUUUUGAUAUAAUGAUAUAUAUAUUUUUUUUCACUAUUGGUCUUUGCAUGAAUGGCACUGUGCCUUUCACUUGAGUGAAAGUAAAAUCACAUUGAUAUUUUACUACUGCCGAUCCUUAUUAAUUUUAUAUAUACCUGUUUCUUUAUCCCGUGUUAGAACAGUCUGAUGUUCAUUAUGUGUUAGGACUGAACAGUAUACAUAGAAGAAUGCUUAGAGCAUAUACACUGUACGUUUUGGUAAAUUUUCAGUAAAUUCAUUAAGAUCAAUUUAUCAAUUCAGAUAAAACGAAAUAUUAUCGUGAAACAUGAUUUUUUUUUUAUUGUGCAAUGUAAAAUCUGAUAUAUAUGUAUGUGUAAAGUUUGAAAUUCAAAUGUUAUAAGAGAAAAAAAAAUGGUUCACAAUAAAUUUAUUAAACCAUUCAUCUCAAAGAAUGUUUUUUAUAGAAAAAUAAUGCAGACAAUACACAUGUUUGCAAGAAGUAAGUGUGAAAAUUUCACAUUAUUAAAUCUCUAACAAAAACUGCUGUGGUGAAUUA